UGCGGACAAAGGCAGCGCGCGCCGCGGGGUGUAGUGUUUGUCGGUGGUCUGGCGGAGCUGGUGGUGGGCUUGUGGGUUCUUCGCUGCCGCCCCCGGCCGCCUUCCCUUCUUCUUUCCCGUCCUCUUCUCCCGGGUCCCGGGAGCCCCCGCCCGGGGGCCUAGCUCAGGUUGCCUUCUCUCGGCUGCUCCUCCAUCUGCCAUUCCGAAGGGAGUCCUCCAUUCUUUUUGAGUUUCCACAGGACUUUUGGCUCACUAAUGGUGGUUCUCUGCGAGAGGCCUUCCUCGGCUCCCCAGGGACGCACUUCCUCUCGGGUGUGCUGCGCCCGCAUCUUGUACUUGUCCGCGGCCCUGCAGCUGCCAGUGUGUGCAUGGAGCUGUCUGCCCACUUCCCGGCACAGUGCCUGAGGCACUGUUGCUGAGUUUGGUGCCUGAGCUGACUCGGUUGGUGACAGCAUGACAAGUGAGGUGAUAGAAGACGAGAAACAGUUCUAUUCGAAGGCCAAGACGUACUGGAAGGAAGUCCCGCCCACAGUGGACGGCAUGCUCGGGGGGUAUGGCCACAUCUCCAGCAUCGACAUCAGCAGCUCCCGGAAGUUCCUGCAGAGGUUUUUGAGGGAAGGCCCAAACAAGACGGGGACCUCCUGUGCCCUGGACUGCGGGGCUGGCAUAGGCAGGAUCACCAAGCGACUGCUGCUGCCACUCUUCACGGUGGUGGACAUGGUGGAUGUGACAGAAGACUUUCUGGUCAAAGCCAGGACGUACCUGGGGGACGAGGGCAAGAGGGUGAGGAACUACUUCUGCUGCGGCCUCCAGGACUUCAGCCCUGAGCCCAGCUCCUAUGAUGUCAUCUGGAUCCAGUGGGUGAUAGGCCACCUGACUGAUCAGCACCUGGCGGAGUUCCUGCGGCGCUGCAAGCAGGGCCUGCGCCCCAAUGGCAUCAUCGUCAUCAAAGACAACAUGGCCCAGGAGGGCGUGAUCCUGGACGACGUGGACAGCAGCGUGUGCCGGGACCUCGAGGUGGUCCACAGGAUCGUCCGCAGCGCAGGCCUCAGCCUCCUAGCCCAGGAGCGCCAGGAGAACCUCCCCGAUGAGAUCUACCACGUCUAUAGCUUAGCCCUGAGAUGAGCAGGGGAUGGCCGGAGAAAGGGACCAGUGCGGGGUGGGGGGCUGGCAGCCGGGCAAGACCCAGAGGCUCCAUGAUGAUGGUUCGGGAGUGCUGAGCGAGACUGCUAAAUAUACCUGUCUGCCGUCCGUCACUAGACUCUUUUUCAAAAGGCAUAAUGGGACCCAGUGGGGAGGGGCGCCACUGAACAGAGCGUGAGGCUGGAGCCUGGCUCUGCGGCCCUGAGAGGCUGGGACCGGGCAGUGCAGACCAUGGGCCUCCAGGGCCCCUGGGGCUCCCCACGUGAGAAUACAGUGAUCCCACCAGAAGUGGGAGAUUUCCUGGAUCUCCCUUUCAACCACCUAGCCUUCCAGCCACAGGCCUGGGUGCCUUAAGAGGAAGAGAACUCUCGGUUGUUGAGGACUUUUUCCCUUGGGGGGAGGAGAGGAGCCAGGCCGUGGAGCCUGCAGCUGCCAGGGAUACUCAUGUUCUGAGGCCUGUUUGGUGAUGGGAGCCCUGGUGUCCCUGACGUGACCGUCACAACGGGCUACGGCAAGGGAAGUCUGCAGCCUCACCCUUGGCUGUGCCUUGCAGCUCCUCCUUGGUGAGAAUUUUCAGUCAAAAAAUAAAAGGGUAAAUCCUGUACU